AUGGUCAAUAUAGCAGAAGUCCCAAAAAUGAGUUAUUGUAGAAUAUGGACCCCAUUCAAAGAACUUUUUGAAGCAGUGGACAAUGUAGUGUACAAGCAUGAUGCCUUCUCAAUUCCUGAUCUGGAAAGCUGUGUGCGUAAGCAUCGUUCAGCACUAUUCUCACCCCUCCAGAAUCCGGGCAAAGAUGCAUCUGAACGAGAACGGGUGAGAAAAGCUGCCCAUGAGUCAAUCAUCCUUGCUAAGUCUUCAGUUCCAGUUCAGCUGCCUGAAAUUCUCAUUGAAGAGGCUCUCAUCUUGUCUGAUAUGUACAACCUCAGUGAGAUUGCAGCUGUAGAACUCCUGUUGCUUGAUGCUAUCAUCCCCUUUUCCUUAGGAGAAAGUGAGAUGGUGAACUUUCCAAAUCUACCUCGGGGGUUAGUGGCUGUGCUUCUGUAUUAUGAUGGUCGGAGGGACCUGGCCCGAGCAUUGAAAGCCCUUGUGCAGGGGUGUCAAGGGAGGACUUGGACCUUGGGACUCUCUGCUGACCUUGCUGCCCUCUUGGGGUCUUAUGUUGAUGAACUUGUUCAGGAGGGACUCGUGUCAAAGAUUCUGAAGUUGUUGAAGGAAAUGGACAUGGAGAAGGAAAUGGGGAAACUGGGAGAGAAUCGAGCCCUUGGUGACAGGAGACAUAGGCAUCAGGUGAUGAAAAUGUACCAGGAAACUCAGCUUGCCCUUGCCCAGACCAUCUUCUGCCUGGCUGCCCAGAAGGGUCUUUCUCGUUCCGACUUAUCCAGGCUGCUAUCACACCUGUCAAAGCAGAGUGGGAUGAGAAGCCCAGAUGCAAGUAUGGAUGAAGUCCUUUGUGCUCUAUUCAUGGCUGCCCUCUAUAGCCUUGAUCUCUCUCUCCUCACCACUGAACUGGAUGAUAGCACACUGGUGAACAUUCCUCUGUUAGCUGACAAGGACAUGAUAGGAGAGAUUCAUGACCAACUGAGUUCCACAACAGAAGCAUGGGAGAGUGAGGGGCUUCAAGGUGUGAUUCAGUUGGCUUGGUCCAUUGCUCUCAGACACCUCUCCCAGUCUCCAUUUGGACAAGGUUAUGAUGGAUAUUUGGAAGAAGAUGAAGCCAUAUUCAGUAUGGCAUUGGAUGGGAGGCCAUUCUUUUUCCUGUCUCACUGUGUUCUCAAUAAUUCAGAGUUCUACCAAGAAGAGUUCUAUGUUCGACGUCUCCAUGGCCUCCUGGCUGAAUUCCUGUGUUCCAUGCCUUUGAAAGUGAAGGAGCUACGAAACCGAGCUGAUGAAAUUGCUCGCAUUGAGGCAGCCCGUGCCCAUGAUUGUACCCCUUCGCCCCUCAACCACCCUAGACAUUUUCAGGAACUCAUGGUGCUUGUGGUGAAAUUAUAUUCAAAGGAUCCAUUGAAGUUGGAGCUGCAGGAAGAAUACUGGGGUCCUAUGCAGCCAGAGGGUACAUGUGACAGACAUCAACAUGUCUCCUCUCGUCAGAUCGCCCUGGUGAAAUUUGUCAGACUUGCUGGGGACCUGGUGCCACCUGCAUUGUUUGUGUCAUAUGUUGAUAUGCUUGCCAGCCUGGCUGCAUCUCCUAAGGCAGCUCCUAAGGCCUUCCAGCUCCUUAAGCUCAAUUCCUUUGGCCAAGGAGGCUCUAAGAUCUCCUGGGAUCAUUUCUUCUGGUCACUUACUCAGUACUAUCACAGCCUAAGGCAUGAGGAAAGUAUUGGGACAAUGACAGCCUUGGUGCCCGGUAUGGGGCCAAGGGCAGCUGCACCUACACCUGCACCUACUCCUUCCAAAGGCAUCAGUCCUCAGGAAGUGGCAGGCCUUCAGGCUGUACUCCGUCUUGUCACUGCCAUUGCAGGCAGCAGUGAGAGCCUGAGAUUGGCCCUGUAUGAACAUCCCAGUUGGGCCCCUGUGGUGGUGAUGAUGGGGCUCAUCACGUGUCCCAUCCCUAUUGCAUUGAAGGCUGAGCUGUUGACUUGCUUGCAGGCAUUUGCAGCUUCCCCUGAGAUUGCUCCCAUUAUAUGGCAGGGGAUUUCUGGAGCUGGCCUCCUGCAAGAGAAUAUCAGUGCCUUCUCUGCUUCCAAGGGCAUUGCUAUGGAGCUAGAGGAGAUAGAGACUCGAGGGGAGGAGUACCCAAUGACAAGGGCUUUCUUGGGUCUCCUGUCCAUGCUCAUGGAAUCUGGUCCCUUGCCUACCAGUUUUCCAGCAGUUAUUCCACCAUUCCUCCACUUUCUCAUCAACUCAGUUUUCCUUAAACACCAAGCCAGGUCCUACCGAAAUGCCAUGGAGAAGUGGGAGGUGGGAUCCCUGUGCCUGGAGAUCCUGGAGAAGAGUCUUUCAGUGUAUGAGGCGACUAAGGCAGACUUUGCACCCUUAGCUGCCCCUCCUCCUGGCUUCCACAUCCUUCAGCUUCUCCUCAAGGAUUCUCAACUCCUUCAAAUGGUGGUGAAUGUUAUAUGUCAGGGGAGAGAGGAAUAUGAGCAGCGGCACAUGAAGGGGAAUGCCAUUGAGAAAGCCAUGCUGCUUGGCCUAUGUCUCCUGAGCACUGCUCUGGAGAAACAAGAGGCAUUCCUGUUGCUUGAGAGGGAUAAUCGAUGUGCUUUUGUUGCUAUCCCUCUCCAGAAGCUCCUCAUCUCCAUCCAACCCAAGGCAGAGCUCAUUUAUGUCCUUCCUAAG